CUAUAAGGCCCAUUAAGAUUCAAUGCAAAUUAUUUAGAUAAUUUCUAAAGGCCCACUAAGAUUCAAUGAAAAUCUGCAAGUCGGAGUAGAAGCAGAAGAAAUCGACUAAUCUCGCCAAUGUCGUCUCCAGAGAGGAAGAGGAAGAAACGGUCGCUUGAACCGUCACCGGAAUCGACCCCAAACCCGUCACUUCCCGAUGAUUUGAUUGUGAGCAUCUUAGCCCGAGUCUCUAGAUUGUACUACCCAAUUCUCUCGUUAGUCUCCAAGAGCUCUCGAACCCUCGUUACUUCGCCGGAGCUAUACAAGACUCGAUCUUUCUUCAACCGAACGGAGAGUUGUCUCUAUGUAUGCUUAGAUUUCCCUCCUGACCCUAACCCACGUUGGUUUACACUCUACCGAAAACCUAACCAAAACAUCACCGAGAAGACAAAGAACUCAAGCGGGUUUGUUUUAGCCCCAAUCCCAAAUCACCAUUCACAUAGUUCGAGUAUCGUUGCUAUUGGGUCUAACAUCUAUGCCAUUGGUGGAUCCAUUGAGAAUGCACCCUCUUCUAAAGUCUCAAUUUUAGACUGCAGGUCUCAUACAUGGCACGAGGCACCAAGCAUGAGGAUGAAGCGGAAUUAUCCAGCUGCUAAUGUUGUUGAUGGGAAGAUUUAUGUAGCAGGAGGCUUGGAAGAGUUUGAUUCAUCUAAAUGGAUGGAGGUUUUCGAUAUAAAGACUCAAACUUGGGAGUUUGUGUUAAGCCCUUUAGCGGAGAGAUUUAUAUAUAGGAGCUUGGUGAUUGAAGGAGAAAUCUACAUUUUUGGGGAUAAGGUUGUGACUUACAAGCCUAAAGAAGAUAGAUGGGGAGGUGUAGGAGAACAUCAGAGUAUGGAUUUGGGAUUGUUUUUUCAUUCUUAUUGCGUGAUAGAUAAUGUACUGUAUUGUUAUCGUCCUGGUGGAAUCAAAUGGUAUGAAUCAGAGAAAAGAUCGUGGAGGAAGUUGAGGGGUUUGAAGGGAUUGUCUAAGCUUGCUAGUAGCUGUGUUAAGUUAGCGGAUUAUGGUGGAAAGAUGGCUCUUUUGUGGGACAAGUAUAUCCCUUGUAGUGGGAAUAAGAGUCAUUCGAUUUCGUGUGCGGUGGUUUCCCUUGAGAGAUGCAAGAAUCAGGGUAUUAGGGGAAAGGUUGAGUGGUUUGAUGAUAUGCUUACGGUACCUAGCUCUUAUAACUUUGUGGGUGCUCUUGCUGCUACUCUUUGAUGAUGAUUGCCAUACGAGGCACACACAUUUGAUUGUCUAGCUAGCUUACAGAUAAUUGCUUUCUAUGUUGUAAUAACUUAAUGAUGGGAUUCUUCUUACCAUAUUAUUUCAAAAUGCAACUGGCUUCAUUUCCUUCUUCAUUUUUGUUUUCUUGUCAAGAUCAAACAAAGAUUAUUCAGU